AUGUACAUCAUACCAGCUCCUUCCUGGCCUCCAGAGAAAAACAAGCCUUAUGCCGCAGGAGAGGACACCUGUACCAGACUGGGAGAGACAGACCAGAGCAGGAGAGGGCACCUGUACCAGACUGGGAGAGACAGACCAGAGCAGGAGAGGGCACCUGUACCAGACUGGGAGAGACAGACCAGAGCAGGAGAGGACACCUGUACCAGACUGGGAGAGACAGACCAGAGCAGGAGAGGACACCUGUACCAGACUGGGAGAGACAGACCAGAGCAGGAGAGGACACCUGUACCAGACUGGGAGAGACAGACCAGAGCAGGAGAGGACACCUGUACCAGACUGGGAGAGACAGACCAGAGCAGGAGAGGACACCUGUACCAGACUGGGAGAGAAAGACCAGAGCAGGAGAGGACACCUGUACCAGACCAGAGCAGGAGAGGACACCUGUACCAGACUGGGAGAGACAGACCAGAGCAGGAGAGGACACCUGUACCAGACUGGGAGAGACAGACCAGAGCAGGAGAGGACACCUGUACCAGACUGGGAGAGACAGACCAGAGCAGGAGAGGACACCUGUACCAGACUGGGAGAGACAGACCAGAGCAGGAGAGGACACCUGUACCAGACUGGGAGAGACAGACCAGAGCAGGAGAGGACACCUGUACCAGACUGGGAGAGACAGACCAGAGCAGGAGGGGAGCAGUGCAGCAGGUAACAGGGUAUGUGAGAGUGUCCAGAGAUGAGUCUUUCCUUGGAUCAGGACACAGAGCAGAGCUAGGACAGCAUCAUACUUUCUGCACUACAGAAACUACAGGACCAGUAAAAAGUUGGGACACACCUGAUACACCUCAUAGACAAUCAGGUCCAUAUGGGUUUACUGCCCUCUGCUGGAGACUGGUGCACACUGCAGUCCCUUUCAGGUCCAUAGGGUUUUACUGCCCCCUGCUGGAGACUGGAGCACACUGCAGUCCCUUUCAGGUCCAUAGGGUUUUACUGCCACCUGCUGGAGACUGGUGCACACUGCAGUCCCUUUCAGGUCCAUAGGGUUUUACUGCCCCCUGCUGGAGACUGGUGCACACUGCAGUCCCUUUCAGGUCCAAAGGGGUUUACUGCCCCCUGCUGGAGACUGGAGCACACUGCAGUCCCUUUCAUGUCCAUAGGGUUUUAAUCGUCAUCAAUACAGGUACUGUAUGUAGAACCAUAGUAAAGAUCAGUAAUUCCCCUGAACAUCUUCCUCUUCCUCAUCUGGUUUCUUGAACAGCCCUUCACUCCUCCCCGUUCAAUGGGGAACCCCUCCACUCCUGCUGGUCAGUAUAUCAUUCCUGUCCCUCACCAUUUCCUCCACAGUCCUCUCCUGCUGGUCAGUAUAUCAUUCCUGUCCCUCACCAUUUCCUCCACUGUCCUCUCCUGCUGGUCAGUAUAUCAUUCCUGUCCCUCACCAUUUCCUCCACUGUCCUCUCCUGCUGGUCAGUAUAUCAUUCCUGUCCCUCACCAUUUCCUCCACUGUCCUCUCCUGCUGGUCAGUAUAUCAUUCCUGUCCCUCACCAUUUCCUCCACUGUCCUCUCCUGCUGGUCAGUCAGCACACGACCACCACCAUGGGGUCUUCUGUCUAUUCUGAGGGUAGAACAGAGUUUACUGUCAAUAGAUCCUACUGGAACAAUCCUGGAACAUGUUGACAUGCAUUACAAUAUGUCAUUUCCUGUAAAUGUAAAGGUAAAGCAUAGUGCACAUCCUGCUGACUUAUCGCUUUUCUUAGUGAAAUGUUCUGAUGAUGGAAUUUGCCAGUUGAUCUUUUCAGAUUGGGUUGAACUAAUGUGUGGGCCUCUGUCAUGGUAAGACCUCUGUUGACCACAUGAUCAACGACGAUGGACCGGACUUCAUUAGAUACAACAGUUCCCUGCCGCCUGCCUCCAUCUCUCUGAUGUCCACCUCUCUGAGGGCUCCUUAGAGAGGGCUUCAUGUUUUGAGUUUGUACUAAGAGUUGUGAAAUGUAGCUUUCCUUCUCUACUCCUCACAAAUGUAAAAGCAUUGGAUUGGUGUUGACAUGGGGUAGAGGGAUUUCCUUUAAAUCCAUGAAGGGAAGUGGACAAGUUCACACUUAGAAAGGAGAGAUAAUUGUUACACACCCCAUGUGUUCUGAUAACUACAGGAAUGAAACCAGAUUGAGGUUGUCUGCUUUCUACACACACACACACACACACACACACACACACACACACACACACACACACACACACACA